UCUAAAGCAAACAUGCCGUCGUCUCUGCUGUCCGUACGGUCGGCCGCGAUCUUCCUCGUCCUUUUCUCUCAGUGUGUGAGCGGAAAGGACUGUGUGUGUGAGCUGAACAGCCUGCAGCGUCCAUUCCCAAUGGACCAACUCGACUCCAUACAAACUGCAGCUGAUAAAUGCAUGAAGAGCAUCAGUUCAGCAGAGUUAAUGGAGAUGGAUAUACUGAUGCUGGGUGUGCAGCGGCGUCUGGACCAGCUAGAGGAGACCGUGUCCGUGUUGGAGAAGGAGGACGACGGUAAUCUGUAUGGAGCCGUGUCCCUGCGAAUCAUCGAGCUGGAGCUUGCUGAGGUCCUGGAGCUCAUGGCUAAACUCAAGAAAACCAUCGAAUUAAACAAGCAGCUCAAUGAGAGCACGGCAACCAAGCUGCAAAACAUGACGGAGGGCAUGACGACGCUCGAGGCCUUUGACGUUUCUCACGUGGUGAUCAAACAGCGAGAAAAUCUGCGUAUUAAACGAGACUUGGUUGAGUGUCAGCAUGAGCUUAAGGCCACUCCUCCUCCUCCCACUCCUCGUCCACGACGCUGUCCACAAGGUCUUUUGGUCAAUGUGACCGGGCCUAGAACUUACUCCCUCACCCAGUACGGAACUUCAUACCCAUACGGUGCCUGGGGGAGAGACCCAAAACCUGCUCCAGGGAAGGAGGACAUGUACUGGCUGGUGGCUCUGACCAGCAGCAAUGCUUUUGCCAACUUUGUGCGACAUUACAGCACUUUGAGCACUUUACUGGUAGGCGUGGGUCCUGUGGACACCACAAUUGCAUCCUCAAACCCCACCACUAAUACCAUCAUCGGCCCUAAUGUGGUGCAGUACGGGGAUGCGCUAUACUACGGCUGCUAUAAUACACCCUCUGUGUGUCGCUUUAACAUUUCUGCCCGCUCCAUCACCAAUACACCACUUCCACAAAACUCUGGCUUCAAUAACAAGUUUCCUUUUGGCCACUUGGACGCCACGUACAUUUACACAGACUUGGAUUUCUCCACGGAUGAGUCUGGUGUCUGGGUCGUCUACACAGCGCCUGACAACUUUGGCAAUGUGAUCCUUAGUGAGAUAAUAGAAGGAAGUCCUCCAUCUUUGGGCCGAACAUGGCGAACAUCUUUGCACAAGCGCACCGCCACCAACACCUUCAUGGCAUGCGGCGUGCUUUACGCAACACGCUUUCUGGACAAACAGACGGAGGAAAUCUUCUACUCGUUCGACACAGAAACAAAGGAGGAGCGCUACGAUCUGAGGAUCCACAUCAAGAAAAUGCAAACCAAUAUCCAGUCCCUGAAUUACAGCCCACGAGACAGGAUGCUCUACGCCUACAGCGACGCAUACAUUGUCUCGUAUGAUGGUGUCUUUCAGUAAACUCUCACCUUGACAGUAAAUCAGAUUCCCUUUUCUAUAGAUCAUAGUGGUUUAUAACUUUAGAAAUGUGUAAUCAUUUAACAAUACAGUUGUUAAAUUGUCUAUAGUUUAAAUUCCUUUUCA